AUGUCGGAGCGACCCCAGAGCGCUACUUCGGAGUGCAACAGCCGGCCUGAUGACUUCAGCCGGGCCAUGUACGCCCAGGCCUUGAGUCAAGAGGGGUUUGGAGGCGCGUCGCUCCAGAUCCCACACGGCGUUCUACAACAUCAUAGUCUUCUCUUCAACAAGGCCGCAUAUAAUGGGAUGCCUCCAACAACCAAUCAAACCUUUUUGCCAUUCCCACCGGGCACUGGUGACUAUAGGGCCUCCGACUUGCACGCCGGUGACUUUUGCCAACCCAAACACUGGUGUCCUAUCGCCGCUCCGGAGUACACCGGCCAAGUAGCAGGGGUCGCAGCGGCUACCCACCCCACAAACCUGGGCCAACCUAACACCGAAACCAGGGAACAAGUCAAGAUGUCCGAAAUAAAGCUCGAGAAGGAUGUCAAUGACGAGUAUGGGCAAAAGAUUCAACAUUAUCCAACUCCACCUUCGUCUGCUGUAGCUCACGGGGUUUACUACUCGACCCCAUGGAACUCGUCGUUUUGGCCCGGCUUUCCCCACACCACGGCUGCGAAUACCAAUACUCAAAACCUCAACUCCAUACCCUCAACAUCGUCUUCAUCGUCCCCAUCUCUCUCGCCCUCACCCCCCAUUAAUGGGUUACCCGGUGUCACGUUCUUCAACGGGAACGCAAGCCAAACUGCCCAAGCGCCCCAGGCGCAAACCUCUACCCGGAGCAGUGGUUCCUCCAGCGGCGGGUGCAGUGACUCGGAAGAGGAGGAGAACCUUUCAACUGAGGAGCUGGAACAGUUUGCCAAGGAGCUGAAGCACAAGCGUAUUACUCUGGGAUUCACACAAGCAGAUGUAGGCCUGGCCCUAGGAAACCUUUAUGGCAAGAUGUUCAGCCAGACUACAAUUUGCCGCUUUGAAGCGCUCCAGCUUAGUUUCAAGAACAUGUGCAAGCUGAAGCCCCUGCUCCGAAGAUGGCUGAAUGAGGCUGAGACCUCGGACAACCCCCAGGAUAUGUACAAGAUCGAGCGGGUAUUUGUGGACACCAGGAAGAGGAAGCGGAGGACCAGUCUGGAGGGGUCGGUGCGCACUGCUCUGGAGUCCUACUUUGUCAAGUGUCCCAAACCGAACACCCAGGAGAUCACACACAUUGCUGAUGACCUGUGUCUGGAGAGAGAUGUGGUGCGUGUGUGGUUCUGUAACCGCAGACAGAAGGGCAAGCGCCUGGCCCUUCCAUUCGAUGAGGAGUGUGAAGGACAGUACUAUGAGCAGAGCCCCCCUCCCCCGCACAUGGCUCACUCCCCCCUGCCUGGGCAGGGGUACUCUCUCUCCAGCCACCCUGGGGGCCCCACCUUCUACAUGCCCCCCCUCCAGAGGCCAGAUGCCUUUAAGCAGGCCCUGCACCCUGGACUGGUGGGUCACCUGACAAGCUAAACAGGUUCCAGUUCUCCAAACCAGCCGGGCCAUGUGGCCACCUCUUCCCUUCCCCACCCAACAUGGCUACCUCUCUUUAGUCCUUCAGUCCCCACCUACCCAGGCUGUUGUCCUCCAUAUGCAGUUCUACCCCACCUUAGUCCGACCACGGAGAGCCAGUCAAGUGAGCGGGGGCUUGUAGGCCAGUAAAUAAAUGGCUCAAAG